AUGGGCCCAGCAAAAAGCAGAACUGUUUUGACUGUUGACAAUGAAAUUGGGGGAUUCCUCUUCUCUUUUCCAAUUGGGGGAGUCUUCACUGCCAACAAUAUCACAAGCCUCCAUUAUUCUUGGCAGUCUUCUUCUUCUCACAUUCUCAGUCAGAUAUGUCGAACUUCAACUCGCCGAUGAGGCUCUCUUCGUCCCUGAUCAAACACCUGAAGCACAGAGUCAGAAUGGGCAGCAAUCCUCUGCUCCCGCACUCGAGAUCCUUCACCACGACUGAGGGCCACCGCCCGAUCAUUGUACACAAGCGCAGCCUCGACAUUCUUCACGACCCCUGGUUCAAUAAAGGGACAUCAUUUUCCUUCACAGAACGAGAUCGUCUUGAUCUCCGGGGACUUCUCCCUCCAAAUGUCAUGUCUACCGAGCAGCAAAUUGAACGCUUCAUGGUUGACCUGAAGAGACUUGAAGAGCAAGCAAGAGAUGGACCAUCUGAUCCAAAUGCUCUGGCCAAGUGGCGGAUACUGAACCGAUUGCACGACAGAAAUGAGACGAUGUAUUAUAAAGUCUUGAUUGCUAACAUUGAGGAGUAUGCACCUAUAGUCUACACUCCUACUGUAGGUCUUGUUUGCCAGAAUUACAGCGGUUUGUUUAGAAGGCCCAGGGGAAUGUACUUCAGUGCGGAAGAUCGUGGAGAAAUGAUGUCCAUGGUUUAUAAUUGGCCAGCUGAUCAGGUUGAUAUGAUUGUUGUUACAGAUGGGAGCAGAAUAUUGGGUCUUGGGGACCUUGGAGUCCAGGGAAUUGGAAUCGCAAUUGGGAAACUGGAUUUAUAUGUUGCUGCUGCUGGAAUAAACCCUCAAAGGGUACUUCCUGUGAUGAUUGAUGUUGGAAGUAACAAUGAAAAACUGCUCAAAGACCCCUUGUAUUUGGGAUUGCAAAGACACCGUCUUGAUGGUGAUGAGUAUCUUGCUGUCGUUGAUGAAUUCAUGGAAGCAGUGUUUACCCGUUGGCCUCAUGUGAUUGUGCAGUUUGAAGAUUUUCAAAGCAAGUGGGCGUUUAAGCUGUUACAGCGCUACAGAAAUACCUAUAGAAUGUUUAACGAUGAUGUUCAGGGAACCGCAGGAGUUGCAAUUGCUGGACUUUUAGGAGCUGUAAGGGCUCAAGGAAGGCCAAUGAUUGACUUCCCUAAACAAAAGAUUGUUGUUGCUGGUGCUGGAAGUGCAGGAAUAGGUGUUCUUAAUGCUACAAGAAAAACAAUGGCAAGGAUGUUAGGGAACAAUGAACAUGCAUUUCAGAGUGCAGGCAGACAAUUCUGGGUGGUUGAUGCCAAGGGUCUGAUCACAGAGGAACGGGAAGAUCUUGAUCCAGAAGCCUGUCCUUUUGCAAGGAAUGUCAAAGAAAUUCAUCGUCAAGGGUUAAGGGAAGGCGCAAGUCUUGUGGAAGUGGUUCAACAAGUGAAGCCUGAUGUACUUCUUGGACUUUCUGCAGUAGGGGGGUUGUUCUCGAAAGAGGUAUUAGAGGCCCUUAGAGGUUCAACGUCAACUAGACCAGCCAUCUUUGCAAUGUCAAAUCCGACAACAAAUGCUGAGUGCACUCCUGAAGAAGCAUUUUCUAUUGUGGGUGACAAUGUUGUUUUUGCUAGUGGAAGUCCAUUCAAAGACGUGGACCUUGGAAAUGGCCAUAUUGGGCACUGCAACCAGGGAAACAACAUGUACCUUUUUCCGGGCAUUGGACUUGGCACUCUUUUAUCUGGCGCCAGAAUCAUCUCUGAUGGCAUGUUACAGGCUGCAGCAGAGUGCCUUGCAGCAUAUAUGACAGACGAGGAGGUUCUUAAAGGGGUUAUAUACCCUUCUAUAUCUAGCAUACGUGAUAUUACAAAGCAGGUGGCUGCAGCUGUGAUAAAGGAAGCUAUAGCGGAGGAUCUAGCCGAAGGGUACCGCGAAAUGGAUUCUCGAGAGCUUCGGAAACUUAGUCAGGAAGAAAUCAAAGAAUAUGUGCAGAACAGCAUGUGGAGUCCAGAAUACCCUACGCUAGUUUUCAGGAAGGAAUGAUCUCGUGUAGACGAGAAGUCAAUAAUAUAAGUGUUGUAUCUAUCGAUUCUUUUAGUCAAAAUUACACGUUUUGUCAUGUUGCUCUUCAAUUUUGAGCAGGUAUCCCAGAAACUCUAUGAUGUUAUAGUGGUUCUUGUGGCGGAGAGAAUUUAUUCAUAAAUAAACGAAAUUUCAAACCAUAAAAUUGAAGCAUAGUUGAGAAAA